CAUUUUCUAGAUUUUCUCAGUCGCUUUUUUUCUCUCUCUUCGAAAAAAGCCAGUUCGAAUUUUUUGUAAGGGAACUUUAAGGUUUUAUUAUAUAUGUAUACCUAAAUGAAAAAAAUUUUAUAACAACAAAUGUAAUCACUCAAAACUAACUGAAAUAAUAACCAAAAAUAAAAUAAAAAAUGAGUGAUUCCAGCGGGAGACAAUAUCAAAAACUUCCACCCGGUUGGGAUUGUAAAUUUGACCAGGCAACGGGAAACUGUUAUUAUAUAAAUUAUUUUACUAAAGCGAUUCAAUUGGAAGAUCCUCGCCCGCCCUAUCGACAGCUACAAAACGAACGGUGUUCAAGUGAAUCAAUACCAAUGCAGGGGCCUGGAGGUUCACCGUAUCACGUUUAUCCUACUAACAACAUCCAAGCAAUGCGCGCAUUUCAAACAUCAACACCUAACCGCCACUUGCCAUCAUCAUCUAGAUUCGCUUUGGAUACAUCACCUUUGCCGAUCCUCAAAACUAACCCAACUCAAACGCCGCGUAUUAUGGCUAAUAUGUCUCGGCGUUCCACAAUUCAAGAGACAUCGUUUUCAAAUCAAAUUGAUACGAAUGCUGUAGUUCAUAAAAUACAAAAUAUGUUCCCAACAGCCAGCGAGAAUCAUAUACGAUUGCUUUUGAAAAAGUAUUAUAAUCGUGAAAACAUUGUAAUAAGCGCUUUACAAGUUGAAAAAUAUCCGCUUACAAUGCCUGGACCGUUUGUUACCCCACCGGCACAACGGCAUUUGUUUCAUAGCAAUUCGGCCGUUUACAUGACUCCACCAGUACGUCGUAUUGGUCGUGAACCAAUACAAUUUGUUGGCAACUAUUCACGUACUGCCAGUCCAGCACCAACAGGACGACUUGGUAGUGUCAUAAGCGUUAGUAGUGGUGGUGGUAGCAAAUUCGGUCAUGUGGCAUUACCGAUAGCGGCACCCCAAGACUCGCCAAAAGUUGGUGACCAUUUGAUGCGUAAUUCACCAAAACCUCAACAUUCCUCACCAAAAAUGAAAUUAAGAUAUAUGAAAACUAUUUUUCCUAAAGCGGAUGAGACACUACUCUUGGAUAUAUUGGCAAAUGCAGAUAACAAUGUCCAAAAAGCUUCAGAGAAAUUAAUUUCUUUAGGUUAUACUAAACGAGAUUUCGCACCACCGCCCAAGGUCAUGAAUCGUUAUGUGGAUGUUGAAAAACAAAUAGGCAAACAGGCAGAUGAAUUAGUUAAGAUUAUACCUUUACGUCCUAGAGAAUACUCGGAAUCUGAAAAAGACAAGAUGAAGGAGAGGCUGUCGAAAAGAUAUCCACAAAUAGCUGAACGAAUUCUUUUGAUGGCUUUGGAGUCAGUUAAUUAUGCAGAAGAUCGUGCGAUUCAGAUAUUACAAAUCGUUCAAGAAGAAGAAGCAGAAAGACAAUUUGUAAAAGUUAAGAAAGAAUCCUCAAUAUUAACGCUUAAAAAGCCAACUAAAGAAGACGAUGAUAUCGAAAACCAAUUAACCUGUAAAACCGAUGACAAGUCCAUUUCGUCCACGGUUGAUGUCACCGAUUUGAAGGAUCGCAAUGAGUCAACGUCGACAAAUUCAUCAAAUAACUUCUCAAUCAUCAAUUCGUCAUCAUUUUCUUUAAUAUCAUCAGCGUCAUCAUCCAUUAUGCCGACUAAAAGCAUUUUAGACCGCUAUCGAACUAACAUAAAUCGAAUUAACAUCAGUGAAUAUUUACGUUACCCAUGUUCGGCUAAUACAUUAUGGAAACAAUUACCAUCGCAAGCACGCGUCAAAUUUGAAAAAACAAUGAAAAAUUCCCAGCUUUGCAAUUCCGAUGGGUCAAUGAAUGAUUUGUGUAUAAAGUUCGAAUCACUGUUGGAACGCACUACAGCCAAUGGGCCUAAUAGAAGUUUACCCAAGGGGGCCAAUGAAAAUUUGUUGCUUGCGGACUAUGUGACUUGGAAUGGCGCUAAUCCGGAUUUUCAACACGGUCAACGAAAUGUUGCAAACGGUUCUGACUUUUCACUACGUACCGAACGGAAUUAUAAACCUUGCGGCCACAACUCAAAGUUACGUAAAGGGGCCCAGAGAGGAUUAGCCAAAGGCAGUCUCUACACAGCACAAAAUGCUGCUUCAAGUAAAACGAUUGAUAUAAAGUGUAAUUAAUUUUUGAUUUGAAAAAUAUAUAUAUAAAAAAAUAACUUUAGAUUUCUCAAAUUGUGAUGUUAAAAGCAACACCAACGAAUCUGCGGAAAUAAAUAUUUAUAAAGUCCACACUAUAUAUAAUUAAA